CAUUUGGUUAAUUGUCUCUCAGGUUUUUAGUCACUUGGAGUCUUCUGUUGGUGAUUCAAGCUUUGUGUGGAACUUUCAAUAUUGGAUUUUGUUAAAAGGGCCUUCUGAAAACUCUGCUGCCUGGCAGUGAGGAAUGCGAGGAGAGGCAGCCGCUGCGUGCCGAGAGAUGACGAGAGCCAAUGGAUCCAUCCGCAGUUCAUUUAAACGGCGCGCACGCCUCCCUCCCAGUCCUGGCGUCUCCCCAUCACGGAGUGGUUAUAAAGCGCCCUUGCGCGCUCAGAGCCACACGCAUGCCUCGUCUCUAGAGAGGCAGAGCGCGCCGCUGCGACUUGGAGACGCUUUUCUUGCUGAGAGCGCAUUAGAGGCAGACGCGCAGGAGUUUUGCCCUAACUUGGCUGCAGGUUGUUGAGAAAGCGACCUUUUGUUCUCAGGGAAGCGUCCCUGAGGACCGACUAUCACCCAAGCACAUGCAAUCCCAGACAGGCACGAUGCAGGAGUCGGAGCCCACCGUCUGCCAGCUGCAGCCGAACAUCAUCUCAGUGCGCCUUUUCAAGAGGAAGGUUGGAGGUUUGGGCUUCCUGGUGAAGCAGAGGGUGUCCAAACCACCCGUCAUCGUGUCUGACCUGAUUCGCGGCGGAGCUGCGGAGGAGUGCGGCCUGGUGCAGGUGGGCGACAUCGUGCUGGCUGUCAACAACAAGCCCCUGGUGGACCUCUCCUACGAGCGGGCUCUGGAGACGCUGAAGAACGUGUCGCCGGAGAGCCACGCAGUGCUAAUCCUGCGCGGGCCGGAGGGCUUCACCACCCACCUGGAGACCACCCUGUCUGGAGACGGGCGCCAGCGCACGGUCAGGAUCACGCGGCCCGCCGUCCCGCCCUCAAAGUCCUACGAUCAGUGGUCCCCGCUGAGCGCCUACAGCCCAGGGCAGCAGCCCAACAAAGAGUCCCAGCUGCGAGCCAUCGAGAACCUGUCCUCGCCCUCCAUCACCCUCCUGCAGAAGGGAGUCGUGCCAGGCCAGGACCCCCUGCUGACCAAGGAUGGGGGGCGUGGCGGCGUCCUGUGCAACGGCAUGGAGGAGAACAACGACCUCCUCAAGGAGAUUGAGCCGGUGCUUCGGCUGAUCAAAAACAGCAAAAAGGAGCUGAGCGGAGAGGGACAGAGGAAAGCUACCAGAAAGGAUGCAGAGAUCCAAGUUGCAUGGGACCCCAGCGUUGGCAACGGUUCGGCCCCCCAGCUGGCACUAGACAAUGACAGACAGCUGGAAAACAUACCAGCCGUGCCCAACAAAGCGGACAAUGAUAAGCCUCCAGCUCAGGGCCGAACUUCGCCCGUUAAGUCGGUGCAGAACGGCAGCCCCUCCAAAUGCCCCCGCUACAUCAAGAUCAAGAACUGGGAGACCGGGACCCUCUACAGUGACGCUCUCCAUCAUCACAACGCUAGCAAGAUGCCGACCUGCAGUGAAGACGUGUGCUUCGGCUCGGUGAUGAUGCCCACUCAGCACGUUCGCAAGUCAGACGAGGCCCGAACCAAAGAGGAGCUCCUUCCGCUGGCCACUGACUUCAUAGACCAGUACUACACCUCCAUCAAAAGGUGUGGCUCUAAGGCUCAUGUGGACCGCCGAGAGGAGGUGACAAAAGAGAUCGAAGCUUCAGGAACGUACCAACUGAAAGACACUGAACUCAUUUAUGGUGCCAAGCACGCCUGGAGGAACGCCGCGCGCUGUGUGGGACGGAUUCAAUGGUCCAAACUACAGGUCUUUGAUGCCAGAGACUGCACCACCGCCCAUGGAAUGUACAACUACAUCUGCAACCACAUCAAGUAUGCCACCAACAAAGGCAAUCUGAGGUCGGCCAUCACCAUCUUCCCCCAGAGGACAGAUGGCAAACAUGACUUCCGAGUUUGGAACAGUCAGCUGAUUCGCUACGCAGGUUACAAACAGCCGGACGGGCAGAUCCUGGGAGACCCCGCCAAUGUGGAGUUCACAGAGAUCUGCAUUCAGCUGGGGUGGAAAGCUCCAAAGGGCCGUUUUGACGUCCUCCCACUUCUGCUGCAAUCCAACGGGAACGACCCCGAGUUGUUCGAGAUCCCAGAGGACCUCGUUCUGGAAGUGCCCAUCAUACACCCCAAGUACGAGUGGUUCAAGGACCUGGGGCUCAAGUGGUACGGCCUGCCGGCGGUUUCCAACAUGCUGCUAGAGAUCGGAGGUCUGGAGUUUACCGCGUGUCCCUUCAGCGGCUGGUACAUGGGCACAGAGAUCGGAGUGAGGGACUUCUGCGACACCUCCCGCUACAACAUCCUGGAGGAAGUGGCUAUCAAGAUGGCGCUGGACACCAGGAAGACUUCAUCACUUUGGAAAGACAAAGCACUGGUGGAGAUCAACAUCGCUGUUCUCCACAGCUUCCAGACCUGCAAAGUGACCAUUGUUGACCACCAUUCGGCGACCGAGUCCUUCAUGAAGCACAUGGAGAACGAGUAUCGGGUGAGGGGGGGCUGUCCCGGAGACUGGGUGUGGAUAGUGCCCCCCAUGUCAGGGAGCAUCACGCCCGUUUUUCACCAAGAAAUGCUCAACUACCGCCUCACUCCUUCCUUUGAGUAUCAGGCUGAUCCGUGGAACACUCACGUGUGGAAAGGAGUCAACGGCACGCCCACGAAGAAAAGAGCCAUCGGAUUCAAAAAACUUGCCAAGGCUGUGAAGUUCUCAGCAAAGCUCAUGGGUCAAGCCAUGGCCAAGAGGGUCAAAGCCACCAUCCUGUUCGCCACAGAGACGGGCAAAUCCCAGGACUACGCCAAAACUCUGUGCGAGAUCUUCAAACAUGCUUUUGACGCCAAGGUCAUGUCCAUGGAUGAAUACGACGUGGUGGACCUGGAGCACGAGACGCUGGUUUUAGCGGUGACCAGCACGUUUGGGAACGGUGAUCCACCUGAGAACGGAGAGAAAUUUGGAGCUGCCUUGAUGGAAAUGCGUCACCCAACAUCCAACACGGAGGACAGAAAGAGCUACAAGGUCCGCUUCAACAGCGUCUCCUCUUACUCAGACACUCGCAAGUCCUCCAGCGAUGAACCAGAGACCAAGAUUAACUUUGAGAGUACUGGACCUCUCGCUAACGUCAGAGUGAGAUCCGCCCCAGUUCGGUUUUCGGUGUUUGGCCUUGGCUCCAGGGCCUACCCACACUUCUGCGCCUUUGCCCACGCUGUGGACACGCUGUUUGAAGAGCUGGGGGGGGAGCGCAUCCUACGCAUGGGAGAGGGAGACGAGCUGUGUGGCCAGGAGGAGUCGUUCAGAACAUGGGCCAAGAAAGUUUUUAAGGCUGCCUGCGACGUUUUCUGCGUCGGCGACGACGUGAACAUCGAGAAGGCCAACGACUCUCUGAUCAGCAACGACCGCAGCUGGAAGAAGAGCAAGUUCCGCAUGACGUACACGGCGGAGGCUCCAGCUCUCACUGAAGGAUUAUACAGCAUUCACAAGAAGAAGGUCUACGGCGCAAAGAUGAUGGAGUCCAUAAACUUGCAAAGUUCCAAAUCCAAUCGCUCCACCAUAUUUGUGCGGCUCCACACAAACAACCACGACAGGCUGAGCUACAAGCCUGGCGACCAUCUGGGCAUUUUCCCUGGCAACCACGAGGACCUGGUAACGGCUCUCAUAGAUAAGCUGGAGGAUGCUCCACCUGUCAAUCAAAUUGUCAAAGUGGAGUUCCUGGAGGAGAGGAACACCGCUCUGGGUGUGAUCAGUAACUGGACGCACGAGACUCGGAUCCCUCCCUGCACCAUCUACCAAGCCUUCCAGUACUUCCUGGACAUCACCACUCCACCGACGCCCGUCCUGCUGCAGCAGUUUGCAGCUCUGGCGACCAACGAGAAGGAGAAAAGAAAACUUGAGAUCCUCAGCAAGGGCUUGCAGGAGUACGAAGAGUGGAAGUGGUACAACAACCCGACGCUGGUGGAGGUGCUGGAGGAGUUCCCGUCCAUCCAGAUGCCGUCCACUCUGCUGCUCACCCAGCUGCCCCUCCUGCAGGCUCGCUAUUACUCCAUCAGCUCCUCCCCUGACACCUACCCAGGAGAGAUCCACCUCACGGUGGCCGUGGUGUCGUAUCGCACCAGAGAUGGAAGGGGUCCUAUCCACCAUGGAGUGUGUUCAUCGUGGCUCAACAGGAUAGAGAAGGAGGAGAUGGUGCCGUGUUUUGUGCGAAGUGCUCCAUCAUUCCAACUUCCCAAAGACAACCAAGCACCUUGUAUCCUGGUGGGUCCAGGAACGGGCAUCGCUCCGUUCAGAAGCUUCUGGCAGCAGAGACUGUACAACCUGGAGCACAACGGGGUGAAGUCGUGUCCCAUGAUUCUGGUGUUUGGCUGCCGGCAGUCUGAGAUGGACCACAUCUACAAAGAGGAGACCCUCCAGGCCAAGAACAAAGGGGUGUUCAAGGAGCUGUACGCAGCGUACUCCAGAGAGCCCGGUAAACCAAAGAAAUAUGUGCAAGACGUUCUCCGCGAGCACCUGUCAGAGACGGUGUACCAAUGCCUUAAGAAGGAAGGGGGGCACAUUUACGUGUGCGGCGAUGUCACGAUGGCUGGAGACGUUCUCAAGACCGUCCAGCAGAUCAUCAGGCAGCAGGGCAACAUGAGCCUGGAGGACGCCGGCUUCUACAUCAGCAAGCUCCGGGAUGAGAACCGUUACCACGAGGACAUCUUCGGUGUCACUCUGCGCACCUACGAAGUCACCAACCGGCUUCGCUCCGAGUCCAUCGCCUACAUUGAGGAGAACAAAAAAGACUCAGAUGAGGUUUUCUGCUCGUAGGGCGAUGAAUCUGGAGGUUUGAGGAGGACGCCGCAGCGCUGGUUAAAGAAUACUGUGCCAAUUUUUAUACUGUAAAGAAAAAAAAGGAAAAGAAAAAUCUCUUUUUAUAAAUCACCUAAAUGUUUCUGUUGGGCUCUGCAACUGUGUCUGUAGCAAGAUGGACAUGUUUCGUUGUUGAUGAUACUUCCCAAAAUUUGAAAUUGAUCUUUAUGAUUCAUAAUGUGUGCACCCAGUGUAAUGACCUGCCUCAUUGUGAAUGCAUGACAAAGACCAGACUAUUAUACUCAAAUAUAGUAUUUUCUGUGGUAUUGUUGCAGUUCAAAGCUUUUUUCUUUUUUUUCAAAGUUAUAUUCUUGCAAUGAAAUGUUUGAUGUGAAUUCAAACUUCUCUGUAAACUGUAUGAACUUGUGGGGAAAAAAUAUUGGAGCAAAAAGAAACUGUACAGGCAUGCGUCCAGACACCGACAUGCGUGUUUUGCCAACAGAUCUCGUGUGUUGACAGGUCACCUUGAAUUGUGAGUGCAGCAAUUCUGUCAAAGCCUUAAUAAACAAAUAAACUAGCUUCCCUUUUUGGCGAUCCAUCGACACCGAUCAGCCUCAGUGCCGGCGCUCUUCAGAGGCGGAUUUUUCAACACAAAACUUUUCUCAUUUUUCAUAAUCUUGGAGGAACGUUGCUCUGUAAUGCGUUAUAUUGACUCUUACCAAAAAUAAGUAUAUGUUUUAAGUAUACUUAAGCACAGAAAAGUACAUUUUCCCAAGUACACUUUAAAAGUACACUAGAGGUUUACUAACAAGUAUACUUCUUGGGACUAAAUUUGCCCACUUUUAGUUCAUAAAAGUAUACUUUAAAAGCACCAUAUCUGGUAUAUUUUCGUUUACUAGCGAUAUGUUUACUAUAAGUUUACACUUUGGUGUAAAUCUAUUGUAGCUUUUAAGGUUUUAGCUUACAAGUAACAAACGUCUACUAAUUAGAGUGUAAAAAUAUACAUUUUUAAUAUACUGCAAAUAUCCCAAGAAUACAUCUACUCCAUUUUAAUGCUGUGUAAGAAAAUGUUUAAGGAGAGUGACAAAUACACGUCAAGACUUGCAGUAUAAUUCUACAUGUACUCAGCAUGAACUUGUAAACUUGAGCUUGCAAAGUUUAUCUCUGAUAAGUACAUAAAAAGUAAACAAUCUAAUUUUAGUUUUAUAAAACUAUACUUAAAACAAACUCGAAUACUUACUUUUGGUAAGGGAGUUGUGGAAGAUUAAUUUGGAAACUAACAUUUAAGUUGCUUUAUUUUAGUAACUCAGUCAGAGAUCUCAAAUAGGAAUUUUUCAUUUUUCUUUGUUGCUCUCUUUGGAACUCCAGUAUCACAGUGGUCCCCAACUUUCGGUACUUGGAACGUUUGGUUAUUGGGCCGGAAAUAAACAAAAGAAAAAAAAACAGAUUUAUUUAUUAUCUGAUUCUGAAGAAAGUUUUAUUUUGGAAAACUACUUCUUCUUUCCACCAGACUUAUUCUUGACACAUAUCAAAUCGUUCUCUCACCUGUCAAAAAUCCAUCUUCUCUUUUCUAAAAGGCGCUAAUUUAAUACCCUUAAGCUAGCAGCAUUUUUUUAAUGCAUAUUUGAAUAAAGUUAUUUUGACGUAAAAGAGUCAAAAAUGAAACAGAAGAAGAGUCUUCAACUUCAAAAUAAAAGAAAUCAACAAGUAACCAACAUAAACUAGGAGUCUUUACUCCUCAUAUGAAUUUAUUACUUAAGGCAAUAAAAUGUAACAGGCCGGUCCUUGAAAAUAUAGUCUGACAUUAAACCAGUCCCUGGCCUGAAAACGGUUGAAGAUCACGGUGAUACUACAAAAGACAGAAGGUCCACUGAGACUACACUGAAAUCAUAACAUGAUUUUUUUCUUUUUUGGCCUGACCUCAGGAGCCUGGUGACAUCAGAUCUACUCGGUUGGCUUUAAGUGAACCCCAUUUUAUAUUUGAGGUGUUAAAUCUACAUUUUUUUUGGUCUUUCAGUUUAUUGACUUUACUGGUUGACUGGUUAAAAUGAAAUCUCAGCCUUGAGGUUUUUCAGUGUUCAGAUUUGUAGUUCAGGUUAUUCUGUUGGGUUUCGACUCGUGUGUUGAUUUGGGUUUUUUAAAGAAACGAUUCUUCAUCUUAAUGCAUCAACAAACUCUGCACUGGUUUGCUGGAACAAAGGGACCAAUUAAGAACUGGAAAAUUCAAAUUGAAUAGAUUUGGUCAGAAACGAGAGGCCAUUUCUGUUGUCAUGGGUAACCACUGGAACAUUUAGCUCAAGAUUUGUUUUGCUCUUUAUUCAAAGUACUACAGAGCUUUUAUUUUGGUGAUUAUGCAUCAAACUCUGGUAUUUAUGACGACUGUCAAAUGUUUCAGUUAAACUUUCCUCGUUUUUCUUUUUGAAAUCUCUGCACCGCUGCACCGAAGAUCUGUCAACUUAACCACCAGUGGAGCUUUCAAACCUGUAUUUCUGCCUCUUGCCUUAUAUUAGCUCUUUGCCAAUGUUUGGAAGAUGAUUUUCGUUGCAUGUUUCGUGCUCCCUGUGACUGAGACGCCACCCCUUCACUGUGAACGAACACCUGCCUCGCGGCGUCCGCACGCAUGUGUGUGUGCAUGCAUACGUGUGCCCUGCCAACCACCACCGGUGUGCACAUCUCUAUACGAGUGGGCGUAAACAUGCAUGAUCUCAGGUGUGUUUUCUUCAUUUGCUUGUUGUCAGAUUUGUUUUUUGGAAAGAAUGAGUUGAAUCACAGACGCCUGGAACAGCCGAAAUGGCGUGAUCUGAUUCUCGCCGCCGCUUUCCGUCUGGUUCCACUCCAGUUUCUCAUCUGGAGAAGAGAUUGCAGCUGGAGUUUUGUUAGUCCGCAUUCAAACUCUGCAUUUUCUUCUGGAACGUUCUGUUUAUUUUACAUCUGAGGUAGCUUUAGCGUGUAGUUUCAGUUCUUGUCUUUUUUUUUUUAUUUCUGAACACACUGAUUUAGUAACGGGGAGGAAAAUGGUUCCCAUUGUUCCCCGUCUUCUUUAUUCUUAAUGAAUGUCUCUGUAUAAGUUGUUCAAACUUGUUUGGUUUUGAUGAAAAAAAGAAAAGUGACAAAUUUGUGAUUUGAAAUGUGCAACAAAAAAGAGUUGAUACAAGAUAAAGCUUCUAUAUAUAUACAUAGCUUCUAUAUAAAUAUAUACAUAUAUGUAAAGGCAAAGUAUAACCAAAAAAGAGCACCACUUCAGUCUUUUCUAAGAAUGUAUUUUGAUGAUGUAAAUGAAAACUUCGUUUGAGCUUGAUUUAAAAAAACAAAAGUGGUGUCGUCUCUCGUAUCCUUUAGGUAUGAGAUCGAAUGGCAGCAUUUAUUAAAGCAUGGUGAUCUGUUGGUAUCUUGGCGGCGCCGCCGUCGUGCUUCGGGUGGGAGGGGUUUCUCUUUCUGUGUUUGUGAAUUGCUGCUAAUCGGAACAAUCCCAUCAGCCUCUGCUAUCGUUGCGUACUUGAUUGAGGAUGUUUCAUUUUAAUGCAUCAACUAUAAGGACUUUUGCUUUUACUUAUAAAUAAAGAAACGUUUCCA